UUUUUCAUAAAAUUGUUAUUUCGUAAUAUGUAAACGAAAUAAGUUAUCACCUAAAAAAAUAAAGUCUAAUGAAACCAACCUAUGCAAACACAUAGUCAAGUUACGAUUCUUAUAAUUGAUUGAACUUAUCAUAUCUAUUAACUAUUACCAAUAGCAUAUAUCAGUAUGUGUUACAUUUGAUGAGGUUAUACACAUACAAGUAGUUUAUUACCUGUACUCUCCAGAUGCCAAUUUAACUAACGUAUAGUACUUACAUAUCACAUGCUUUAUGUGCAAAACAAUUAACCUCUAAUAUCUUAUAAUAAAUUAUUUUUCAACAAUAAAAAGGAAAUAAAUUAAGAAUUAUAUAUUGAUUUGAGCUUUUUAUCAAUAUUGUCAAUAUGGAAGUAAAAUGUAACCAAUCAACGGUUGUUGAAAAAAAAAAAUGGUCUAUUGAAAAAUUUCUGGCUGAAUUUGAUUUAUCAGAAAAAGAUGGUAAUUUGAAUUAUGCAAAUUUUCAUUCAAUUUGUGUUACGCUUUUUUAUCCAAAUGAAAUCAAACAAGAUGAAUGGAGGAUUCGAGAGAUAUUUUGUUCGUUUGAUCUAAACAAAGAUGGUAUAUUGCAGCAACAAGAGUGGAAAACAUUCUGUGAUUGGUUACGAGUGAUACUUGAACCUGUAGAUGCACUUUUGAUUGUAGACAUUCAAAAUGAUUUUAUCGAUGGGUCUUUAGCCCUUCGUACUUGUGAAGCCAAGCAGGAUGGAAUUGAUGUGGUGGAACCAAUUAAUUAUUUAUUAAAAAAUGGACUUUUCGAUAAAAUUAUUUAUUCGUUAGAUUGGCAUCCGGAAAAUCAUAUUAGUUUUUAUGAAAAUUUACAUUUACGAGAAUUACAUCCAGAUUCAAAGGUUACAAAAGACAAUGCCAAGCUAUUUGAUACAGUGGUUUUUGCGGAUCCUUAUUUGGAACAGAUACUCUGGCCUAAGCAUUGCGUAAUGAAUACAUGGGGAUCCCAAUUGCACAAAGAUCUUUUGAUUACACCUAAUUCUGUGCAGGUACGUAAAGGUCAAAAUUCAGAUAUGGAUGCUUAUUCCGUAUUUUACAAUAACAAUUAUAAGAAAACAAUGGAACUGCAAAAAAUUUUGAAUGAAUUAGGUGUGACACGCAUCUUUGUAUGUGGCCUCGCUUACGAUGUUUGUGUAAAAUUUACAUGUUUAGACGGACUUCAAUUAGGCCAUGCUGUGGCUGUUAUUGAUGAUUGUUGUCGUGGCGUUUCAGUCCCUAAUAUUGAAAAAACAAAAAAACUAAUCCAUGAGAAUGGAGGACUUAUUACUAAUAGUCACGAUGUUCUUGAAAUGAUAAACGAGGGAAAACGAAGUCUUAUUAUGAGUCAUCAAAUUGCAAAAACAAUGAUUUGCUGCCAUGCAGCAAAUUGUAUGAAUUAAUAUCGUUUAACAAUUAAUAUACACAUAUAUCCUGUUUUAGUAAAUGUUCCUAUAAAUGGUUCGUUAAAAAAUUUAAAUUUUUUAAAAUAUUUAUUAGAUUUAAUUUAUUAUUUUUUCUUAUU